CCUUUUUUUUUUUUUUUUUUUUUUUCCUUAGUUUGCAUGAGUGGAGCGCUCACUAGCGCUGCCAGCGGACAAUCAAACCCGCACACCCACCUCCACACGCUCGCAUUUCUCAUAUUGUUACUUCUACUCCAAAUUACAUCGCCGAGGCUUGGUGGAGCGGAGGGGGGGAAAGAAAACACAACGAAGAGAACAUAGUUUGAAGUGCACGCCGCGUCUAGGCAGCGAAACCACCACAUCCAACAUGGAGUCCCCGCCUGAUCCAGCGAGCGACCCGGGCAACAGCGCCUCGGAGCCGGCUACCCCGGUCAGGGAAACCCCGGUAAGCCUGGAGACGCUCCGGAAAGCAGACCAUCCAGCCCCGGUUCGAAGGCAGACCUGCUCGAGCACCAAUAGAGGUAUAUCUGUUACAAAGAAGACACACACGUCUCAAAUCGAAAUAAUUCCCUGCAAGAUCUGUGGAGACAAAUCAUCAGGCAUCCAUUACGGUGUGAUAACAUGUGAAGGCUGUAAGGGCUUCUUCAGGAGGAGUCAGCAGAGCAAUGCAGCCUACUCGUGCCCCCGUCAGAAGAAUUGCCUGAUCGACCGCACCAGCCGCAACCGCUGCCAGCACUGCCGGCUGCAGAAGUGCCUGGCGGUGGGCAUGUCACGAGAUGCGGUGAAGUUUGGCCGCAUGUCCAAGAAGCAGCGAGACAGCCUCUACGCUGAGGUCCAGAAGCACCGGCUCCAGCAGCAGCAGCGGGACCACCAACAGCAGCCCGGGGAGGCGGAGCCUCUCACACCCAGCUACGGCCUCUCGGCCAACGGCCUCACGGAGCUCCACGACGACCUCAGCGGUUAUAUGGACGGCCACACCCCCGACGGCACCAAACCGGACUCGGCCGUCAGCAGCUUCUACCUGGAUAUCCAGCCCUCCCCGGACCAGUCCGGCCUGGACAUCAACGGCAUCAAGCCCGAGCCCAUCUGCGACUUUGCCCCCGGCUCUGGCUUCUUCCCUUAUUGCUCCUUCACCAACGGAGAAACCUCCCCGACCGUGUCCAUGGCAGAACUCGAGCACUUGGCCCAAAAUAUCUCCAAAUCACACAUGGAGACAUGUCAGUACCUGAGAGAAGAACUGCAGCAGAUGACCUGGCAAGCCUUCCUGCAGGAGGAGGUGGAGAGCUACCAGAGCAAGCCGCGGGAAGUCAUGUGGCAGCUGUGUGCCAUCAAAAUAACCGAGGCCAUUCAGUAUGUGGUGGAGUUCGCCAAGCGCAUCGAUGGCUUCAUGGAGCUGUGUCAGAACGAUCAGAUAGUGCUGCUCAAAGCAGGCUCUUUGGAAGUCGUGUUUGUCAGAAUGUGUCGUGCCUUUGACUCGCAAAACAACACGGUCUAUUUUGACGGAAAGUACGCCGGGCCAGAUGUGUUCAAGUCAUUAGGCUGUGACGACUUGAUCAGCUCCGUCUUCGAGUUUGGGAAAAACUUGUGUUCGAUGCACCUGUCUGAGGAUGAGAUCGCCCUGUUCUCUGCCUUUGUGUUGAUGUCUGCUGACCGAUCCUGGCUCCAGGAGAAGGUGAAAGUGGAGAAACUUCAGCAGAAGAUUCAGUUGGCUCUCCAGCACGUCCUGCAGAAGAACCACAGAGAGGACGGUAUUCUUACAAAGUUGAUAUGCAAAGUGUCGACACUGCGGGCGCUGUGCAGUAGGCAUACAGAAAAGCUUACGGCUUUCAAAGCAAUAUACCCAGACAUUGUGCGCGCCCACUUCCCCCCCUUAUAUAAGGAGCUGUUCGGAUCAGACUUUGAGCAGUCCAUGCCCGUUGACGGGUAGCGUCCCUGCCAGGUGCCAGAGCGCCCACCGUAGGGGAAUGUGGAGGAGGAAUCUGAGACACUUUAUAUUGGUGCCCCGCACAAGUCGGAGUGGACAAGAUAGCACGCUGCUCGACAUCUUCUUUUUCAUCGAAGAGUAGGGCUGAUGGAGUUGAUUCUCAAGGUUUACUUCAGUGGUUCUCAUUGGAAGACUCAGGGGGAGCCGACACCCCGUCCAACACGAGGACAAACAAUUUCCGCUCAGUCGAACAUGACCAUCUUUUGCGCAUUUCUCAGACGAUGGGUGUCAAUCGUGCGUUCGUUCACCGGGACUUAGUGUAACUCUGUUUUGAUGUAUCGGGUUUUAAAAUUGUGUAAAUCGUUUAGUUUGCUGUUCAAACCUUUCAUUAAGCACCUAAACGUUUGUUAUUUUUGAGAAAACGGCAAUAAUUGUCUCUUUUCAGAGCAGUUGCACACAUUCAAAUACGAAAUGCGCACAUUUUGGUCACGUUCUGCUCUUUUUUUUUUUUCCUUUUCUUUCUCGUGUUCUGUCAAUCUUCUGGAUGGAUUGCUUGGGACGUAAACUCACAGCAACUUGGAGGGAGGCUCCGUAGGCACGGUGAUGCAAUCGGCACCUCUCUAUGGACAAUCGUUUGAAGAGUUUUAAAAAAAACAAAAAAAACAACAACAACAACAGGAAAAAAGAUACUCAGAAUUCUGGUAAUUCUACUGAAAUGAUUUUAGCUGUCAAAAACCUCCAUCCACCAUUGUUGCAUAGUGAAAUCAUGUAAGGCCAUCUGCUAUUAAUCCUUCUCUGGACGGGUGCCCCAGAGAAGCACGGGGCACCAACACAAUGAAAAGGGUCCAUUCCACCUGUUUUAUAAUGUACUACAGGGUAUAUGGUCAUAAGUACUUACUAUACAGAAAAAAGUAAUGUUUAUAGAAUCUAUUUUAAAUAACAUGUAUGAUAUUCGUAGUUAGACGAUUCUUAAUUGUGCAAUUGAUAAGGCACUUUUCUUUACACCUUUGUUUAAUUUAAGACUUGUAUAUUUACCUAGUGAUGUGUUGCAUGUGCACAAGAAGAAAUACAAGUUGAACCACGGCCACGGAGGCUAGUCCUGGGAGUUGGAGAUGGUCAUGUCUUGGGAGGGGGUCGGCGGGUCAGUGUUGCUGCUUUGCUGGCGAUGAGAAGGCAGAUGAGAGACUUGGGGAAAAAAAAAAACACCUUUUCAGAUCAUUUAUCUGUAAGACACAUAUUGACAUAGUAAAUGAGCACAUAAAAAAAAGUAAUGGCACGUAGCACAAUGAGAUGAUAGUGCUCAGUUUUGAUUAAUAUUCUCAUGACAAUGUUUAUUAUUCUGGUUGCAGUUUUGUGGAGAAACCAUACUGUGAGCGUUUUUUUUUCAACAUAAUUUGCUGCUCACAAUUCAAUAAGGGAGGUAAAAUAGUAGAAACGCCUGUUAUGACAAUGCCGUACUGUAAAAAUUCUGGAACAUCCCUCCAUAUUAAUGAAGUUUCAUCUAUUAUUCGUCACCACUGCAAAUUGGAAUCACAAUACUUACUGUAGCAUAUUUUAAAAUUGAUUGCACUGCACCAGGGUCUAUCAAAACUGAGCAUUUGUAUUAAGUCUAUUUGGCUCACUUUCAACAUGUGAUUUAAACAUCAGCACACAACCAAAUACGAUCAUACCCACGGUUAUUGGUUAUUCAUAGCCUGGCCAAGUUAGUGAGUUAAAAUGACAACUUCCCAUCACUGGUCUGCAUUUUUUAAUUUUUCUUGAGUACAAGCCUCGUGUGGUCCCUUGGGACUACCGGGUGGUCUCCGAGGGCACCAUGUUUUUGACCCCUGUCCUAAAUUUUCACACCCUAUCCCAUAUCCAUCGUUCUAAAUGUUCAGACCGUAUUAUGCCGUUGAGUAUAAUGCGCACCCCCAAAAUUGUCCUCAAAUAUUAGGAAAACACUUCUACUGGUGUAUACUGCGUAAUGUCGAUUUGCUGCUAUCAACAUUCUAAAACAAUAAAGUAUUAUCCAUAUUUUC